AUUUUUCUCUCUCCGAAUGUGUUUUUUUGCACCUGUGGGUUACGUUCGUAGUAGGAUUAUGUCUGGUACAAUGUAUGUAAAAUAUGUUUCAAUUUGAAACAGCUCAUAAGCUAUUUUGGACGCUGCCAGGUACAUUUAACGAGAUAAUAAUAAUAAUAAUAAUAAUACGGAAACUAGUAGGACUUCAUCUCCCAUAGUCCUCGAGACGUGUAAAUACUGUAAUGGAGAUCCCCAGCAGUCGUAUGACAUGAAGUUCUUCACCUUAAAACCAGAGGACGUAGCUACAUCCCCAGCAUGAUUGUGUAUGUGAGGUUUAACUCCAGCCAUGGCUUCCCAGUGGAGCUGGAGGAGGGGGCCAGUAUCGCAGUGCUGAAGGAGAAGGUGGGGAAGCUGCAGGGGGUACAGCCGGAGCAGCUGAGAGUCAUCUUUGCUGGCAGAGAGCUGCUUAGCGACGGCACCCUCCAGGGCUAUGACCUCCCAGAGCAGAGUACCGUGCACGUGGUGCUGCCUCCCCCGGGGUCGGGCCGGUGCUCUGACCUGGCCCUGCAGCACCGUCUGGGUCGAGGGGUGGACAGCCUCACCCGCCUGGACCUCACCUCCUCCCGCCUGCCCACUACCUCCACCGGCCUGGCCGUCAUACUGGAAACUGAUGAUGAGCAGAGAGCCAGGGAAGAACCUGAGCACACAGAGCCCAGACCUCACAGCAGCUUCUAUGUGUACUGCAAGAGUGUGUGCCGGGCCAUCCAGCCGGGGAAGCUACGCGUGCGCUGCAGAGCCUGCAAGCAGGGAACCCUCACCUUGAGCCGGGGCCCGUCAUGUUGGGACGAUGUCCUCCUCCCAGAGCGUAUCCAUGGUGUCUGUCAAUCAGAGGGUUGCCUUGGCGGAGUAGCGGAGUUUUACCUGAAGUGUGCUGCCCACCCCACCUCUGAUGAUGACACGUCUGUGGCCCUGGACCUCAUCAUGCACAAUGUGCGGGAUGUCCCAUGCAUUGCCUGCACAGAUAUCAUGAGUCCAGUGUUGGUGUCUCAGUGUCCAGACCGCCAUGUCAUUUGUCUAGACUGCUUCCACAUGUACUGUGUGACCCGUCUCAACGAGCGACAAUUCAUCCACCACCCAGAUGUCGGCUACUCACUUCCCUGUGCAGCUGGCUGCCCAGACUCUCUCAUAACGGAGUUGCAUCACUUCCGGGCCCUAGGUGAUGAACAGUACGAGCGGUACCAGCAGUAUGCAGCCGAGGAGUGUCUCCUCCAGAUGGGAGGGGUGUUGUGUCCAGCCCCUGGAUGUGGCGCAGGCCUGCUGCCUGAGGAGGACAAGAGGAUGAUCCAAUGUCUGCUCAGCAACGGUUUGGGAUGCGGGUUUGUGUUCUGCCGUGACUGUAAGGAAGGGUUCCAUGAGGGCGAAUGUCAUGUGAGGUCAUCACCUGUCUCAGGAGGAGCCCUGCAGGGUUAUGUAGUGAACGAGGAGGCAGCUCUUCAGGCUCGGUGGGAGCAGGCCUCGCAGGAGACUAUAGACGAGACCACCCGUCCAUGUCCACAUUGCAAGGUCCCAGUGGAGAAGAGUGGUGGCUGUAUGCACAUGGUGUGUCCCCGUGCCCAGUGUAAGUUUGAGUGGUGCUGGAUUUGUCGUGUGGAGUGGAACAGGGAGUGUAUGGGCAACCACUGGUUUGGCUGACUCUGAGACCUCAGAAAGGCCCUGCCGCCACUCAGGAAUACGUACCUAGGACUGGAACACAAAAUCUAUCAUGUGUUUAAAAGACUCAAUAAAGCUGUGCCCUGACCUAUCACAA